AUGUCAUCAGAACCAUCUUUUGGAGCAUACAAUUCGCUUUCUCAUCAGAAUAAUGGUCUGCAGAAUCAUAUACUGUCGCAAGCAUUGAAUGCAACAAGCAAUGGAAUUAUCCACACCAAUAAUAACAGUGGUGGAAAUUCCAUCCUGCAUCGAAAUAGCAACGUGUCAAAUUUACCACCAGGACUAAUACACAAUCCAACGCAACAACAGCAACAACAACAGCAACAACAACAGCAACAACAACAGCAACAACAACAACAGUCACUGCUGCAUCAACUGCAACAAAAUUUGCCCCCAUUGCCAACAUCACCAUCAACCCCACUUUUGAAGAUACGAAAUUUACCUUUAGAUAUCACGAGAAGGGAGGCUUCAUUGAUAUUCUCUUUGGUAAUUGGUGAGAUUAUCAAUAUUGACAUCAAGGACUCACAAAUAUUUGCAUUAUUUCGGGACCUCAACACUUGCAUCACUACAGGGAAAUUACUAGAUGGCCAAAGAAUAUUUGGCUACGAAUAUCCCCCCAUAUCUGUUGAAUUCGAAAACUCGCCGAAUUUUAUGUCGCCAACAAACCUUGCCACAACCCAAAUGGCAUUCAAUGCCAUGAAAUUAUCACCUACAUCAGAGCACAUUUCACCACCAGCUAUAGCAGGUCAAAAUUUUAAUUUGCCUCAACAUAUUGGACAACAUCAACAUCGCCACCACCAAUUACAACAACAACAACAACAGCAACAGCAACAACAGCAACAGCAACAACAGCAGACGCAUCCAGAGCAGUUUCAGCAAACUCAAAAUCCAAUUAUACCAUUUGACAUUCUUGAGAAAAACAGACAGCCCUUGAAUAACAAUAGGUCCAGGUUUGUUUUUAGUGACCCGUUUAGUCAGGAUAGUGCUCUACAACAACAGCAACAACAACAGCAACAGCAACAGCAACAGCUGAACAUGCCAUUACAUCAAGGUCAAACUCAUCACAAUCCAAACUUACACCAAUCAUACCCUUUGCAAAACAAGCAGCCUGUGCCUGACCACUCUAAUAUUGCUAGUAGCUCGACUUCUGCUCCAUCAUUGUCUAGGGGCAACUUAGGUUUUGAUUACAACGAAGUCACAGGUAAAUCUUUGUUACUUAUGGAGUCACAAAAUGAUGCUAGGGACUACGACGACUUGGUGAGAGAUUCGUGGUCCGGCCCUUCUCAGCAGCAGCAGCAGCAGCACUAUUUACAGAACCAACUGCAGCUCCCACUGAAUAUUUCAGGAGGUGCAAUUGGGCCCGAUCAUCAAAGUCCAACUGUGCAUCCCAACAUUAACCAGGAAUGGUUACUGGUGAAUAAUCAGAAUGGUUCCAAUUUUGCACUACAAGCACCACCACCGGAACGUCGCAGAACAUCUUCUGGUUCAUUCUUUGGCCCUGGGCAACAAUCGCAGAAUGUGAAUCUAAAUCCGACUCUGAAUCAACCACUGCAACUGCAACUGCAACUGCAACUGCAAUUGCAAAAACAGAAACAGAAACAGAAACAAGAAGACCCGCAGAACCCUCUGCAACAGCAACAACAACAACAACAACAGCCACAGCUGUCGUCAUCAUUGCAUAGUCAAAUUCUGCAACUGCAACUGCAGCCGCAACCGCAGACUACUAGCGGAUUCAGUGUCACUACGGGGAUGAGACCAACAUUGCAACAAAGUUCACUGCAGCCGAAUGCUCUGUCUCAACCCCCAGACCUCAAAAAUGGUCAAUCAAAUACAUAUGGUGCUCAACUGGUGGUUUCCAACUCACCGGCACACCAGACUAGCCCUUCUGCUGUACGCCUCAACUCCGCCUCGGCGGUAUCAGCACCUUCUUCUGCGUCUGCUUCUGCAUCGAAGGAUGCAAUUCCAGACUUGUCACUUUUGGCUAGGGUGCCCCCUCCUGCAAACCCUGCUGAUCAGAACCCACCAUGUAAUACGCUUUAUGUAGGUAAUUUACCACCUGAUGCCACUGAGACGGAAUUGCGUACUUUAUUCGCACCACAAAAGGGGUUUAGGAGAUUGUCAUUCAGAACUAAAAACGCGACCCCCUCAUCAUCAACAGGAACCAAUGGUAAUGGUGGAGCUAGUACCACGAGUAGCCACAAUCACGGUCCCAUGUGUUUUGUCGAGUUUGAAGAUGUUGCUCAUGCUACAAGAGCUCUUGCCGAACUAUAUGGGGCUGCAUUGCCCAGACCUCAAGGUUUGAAUGCAAAAGGCGGAAUUCGAUUGAGCUUCUCAAAGAAUCCGUUAGGAGUUAGAGGUCCUGGAAAUGCCCGAAGAACCAAUAAUAACAACAACAACAACAACAACAACAAUAGUAAUAACAACAGCAUCAUCAACAGCAGCAGCAAUGGCAAUGGCAAUGGCAAUGGUGUUGGUGUCCAAGGGUCUUCUGUGGACCCGAAUCUGAAUAAUAAUGGCCCUGGCAAUAGCAUUGGGAAUGGUUAUAAUUAUGCCUAUUCCAAGUGA